CCGCCAAAAUCAAUUGGCGCGCUCGCUCUUCAUCACUGCUUAUAGAAAGGAAAAAUCUUCAGAAAAAUCUUUCAGUGUUAGACACAUUCUCUCUCUCUCUCUCUCACACACACACAUUAGCGAUCUCACCAUAAUUCAGAUCUGUGCUCUCUCUUCCGCGCCCCGAAACGCAGCGUUUCGUCCAACCUCAGGUUGUGCAGGUGCUUUGGAUACUUGCCGGAUACGAAGAAUAAAAUAUUGAUUUCUUGAAACGUGUCCUACAGUGGUUUGUAAUUCUUGACAGAUUUAGCGGAUAUUGGAAGAACACUGUGCAAAGAUUGUGAUUGUGUGUAGAGCAAUAGAGCAUGCAUAUGGAGCUACGGUGUUGUAGUCAUCUUCAUUUCAUCCAGGCUAUUAAAGGUGGUUUAGUUGCAAAAGUCCCGAAUGUUGCUCGUGGACAACCUAAACUUAAAUUUAAAAAGCUUGCUGACAUAUAUGAUGGCUUAUUGUCUCAUAAUGAUGAUGGAAUGGCUGAAAGAUCAUGCUUGGGUGAAAUUGAGGAAAGCCCUUUUGAAACCAAGCCUGAUGCUUCUGUAUGUAAUGUCAAUGAUGAUAAUGAUCAGAGAAUCAUUAACUUGGAUGAUGACAACUUUGACAAUUUCACCCUAAGCCAACUUAAAGCAAGUUGCAAAACAAGGAAGCGAAAACACUCACAAGGUCUCAACUCCUCUAAAAUAAACAUGAAAGUUGAAGAUUCAUCAAUCCUGGAGGACUACAGAGAGGAGCAAAUGGCAGCAGAUGAUUCUGAUUUCCUGGAGACUAUCAGUAGCUGGAAAACUAAACUAUCAAAGAAUAUGAAGGCGAAGAUUAGAAAGUGCUUUAAAGAACCAAUCUCUACUCAUACCAAAGAUAUCAUGCUAGUUGUCAAAUCUGAACCUGAAGAGAUCCUAAACAGUCAAGAGUUCCCAUCCUCUUGUGAGGAGAUCCAAAACAGUCUAGAGUUCCCACCCUCUAGUGAAGAGAUCCUAGAUUGUCAAAAGUUCUCACCUUCUGGUGAAGAGAUUCAAGACUGUCAAGAGUUCUCACCCUCCCUUGAAGCGAUCCAAGGCAGUCAAGAGUUCCCACCCUAUAGUGAAGAGAUUGAAAACAAUCAAGCGAUCCCAUUCUUUAUUGAAGAUUCAGUUGCCCUUGUUGAAGUAAAAUCUGAGGUUCCUGAAACUGAUUGUUAUGGUGAGCCAGAUGACUAUUCUAUUAUUGAAAGCCAAGAAACUGAGAUAAUCCAUGAUUGGAAUUUGGAGAAUGAAUUAAAUGAGUGGCAGGAGCAUGUUGAUUUUAUUCCGUUACGAAUGGUGAGGCCAUCUUGUAUGGAUAUUGUGAUAAAUAAUUCUCAACUAAGCAACGACCAGUCUCCAUACAUGCCUGCAAUAGAAUUUGAAAGUGAAGAAUAUAUCACCAAUCCAGAUCUCCAUUACAUCUCCCCACAAGAAAUCUCUCUGGUUGAAGAUCAUAACUCUGAUAUUCAUGACAAUCAACCUGACGGUGACACUGACACUGCUGUCUCACUACCAAAUGCGGUUACUCAUAAAGACCUUGACUGUAGUAAUGAUGAAUUUACAACUGGUGCUAAGGAUCAGGUAGAAUGUAUCUCUACUAUUGAACAUGACUGCAGUAAUGAUGAAUUUACAGCUGGUGCUGAGGAUCAGGUAGAACACAACUCUACUAUUGAAAAUGACUGCAGCAAUGAUGAAUUUACAGCUGGUGCUGAGGAUCAGGUAGAACCCAGCUCUACUAUUGAACAUGACUGCUGUAAUGAUGAAUAUAGUACAACUGGUGCUGAGGAUCAGGUAGAGCUCAGCUCUACUAUUGAACAUGGCCCAAAUCCUGAUGGAUGUCUGGUUCGUCACUCAGAUGAUCCACCUGAAUAUGAGGAGAAGCAAUCAUUUGCUUCUGUAAACAUUGAUGAGAAGAGACAUGCCAAUGUGGCUACUGAUGAAUUGACUUCUUGGGAUGAAUGUGAUGGUAGUUCCAAGCUGCAUUGUCCUGAAAAGCUAUUAUCAACCAGAAAGGCAAUUUCACCAUCUUCUGAGGAAAGGCUCUGUAAAGCCGUGGAGUCAGUUGAUUUGAAUCAUAAAAAAAAAUUGAAAUGCAAGGGAAAACUGUACUUUUCUGAGAAGACUGAUAAGAUGAAUGGUACAGAUGAAGGGUUUGAUGAUAUCACAGGAACUCGACCUAAUGAUAUCCCCAACAAAAUUAGUGUUAUUCCUAGGAAUAAAAGAGUUUCCCAUCCUAGAGGAAUUUCCAAGGUUCCUCAUUCUUCUCGCCAUGCAACCCGCAUAGGGUGCAACUCUGUACAGAGUUGCUCAAAGAGUGCAAUUGCAUUUACACAGCAGCAGAUGCAUGAUGCAGAAUGCCUUGCCAUGAGACUCACUAAGGAAUUGAAGUCAAUGAAGGACAUUGUGGAUGAUAUGUUACGAUCUGAAUUCUGUCUAAAUACAUCUUUGAGACAUAAAGUAAAUGAGGCAAGAAUGGCUGUUAAGAAUGCCACAAGAGCUGAAGAAGCUACAAAACGAUGUCUGGCCUUCAUGUCAAGGGAUUGCAGCCGUUUCUGUAAAAUAAUGAAAUUAACUGAUGAUGGUCCAUCUCCUCAAAAACCUCCUCAAGAAGUAGUGCGUAAAGAGAGGAAGAAAAUAGCCUUUGCUGAUGAAGCAGGUGGAAAGCUGUGCCAGGUUAAGUUCUAUGAGGAUGCGCAGUAUCUGUCAGAAUCUAAUUGAAAGAGAAAAUGUUGCUCUAAUAACGUACCAUUUCCUGUACAAAUUUGCAGUGCCCUAUACAUUAAUUGUAUUAGUUCUUUUUCUAGAAAUGCCUUAUAUUUUAACUGAUGGUAGUGGUUCCUUCCUAUGCCAGAAAUUGAUUCAAUUGAUAGUGUGUAACAAGCGGAGUUGAAUCAAAUGUUCAACUUAGGGAUAUAUGUGCGGAAUUCGAGUAUAGGUGUAGAAAAUAUUUAGUUCUCAAUUUUGCAAAAAUAAAAUGUCAUUUCAUUCUCUUUA